UCUCAGUCAUCAUCUUCUCAAUAACACUCAAACCCCAUUUUGUUCUUCUUCUUCAUUAUUAGAAAUUGUUGAUGCCCAUAAGCAACCUGUAACUUCUCCAUUUAUUAUACAUUGUUUCUUUAAUUUAUUUCAUUACUCUAUAUAAAGCAGCUCCAAGGUCUCCAUUUCCCAUCUUGUGUUGAAUCCUAGCUAGCAAAUGAAAAUGAGGUUCUUUUGUGUUGCUGUCUUACUUGCUUUGGUUCUUGGGGUCACUAAGGGUUUUGAUUUUCAUGAGAACGAUUUGGCGUCUGAGGAAAGUUUAUGGGAUUUGUAUGAGAGGUGGAGGAGCCACCACACAAUCUCCAGGAGUCUUGAUGAGAAGCACAAGCGCUUCAAUGUGUUCAAGGAAAAUGUAAUGCAUGUUCAUAACACCAACAAGAUGGAUAAGCCUUACAAGCUGAAACUGAACAGCUUUGCUGACAUGACUAACCAUGAGUUUAGGAGCAUUUAUGCUGGCUCAAAGAUUAAGCACCACAUGACGUUCCGAGGAACGCCACGUGGAAGUGGGAGCUUCAUGUAUGAGAGGGAGGACAGUGUUCCAGCUUCUGUUGAUUGGAGGUUGAAAGGUGCUGUGACUAGUGUGAAGAAUCAACGCCAUUGUGGUAGUUGCUGGGCAUUUUCAACCAUUGUAGCAGUUGAGGGUAUUAAUCAAAUCAAGACCAAUGAGCUAGUUUCUUUGUCUGAGCAAGAGUUGGUAGACUGUGACACUAAACACAAUCAUGGCUGUAAUGGAGGGCUAAUGCAUUAUGCUUUCGAAUUCAUCAAGCGAAAGGGGGGCAUAUCAACAGAAAAUAACUACCCUUAUCAUGCAAAAGAUGGAACUUGUGAUACAUCCAAGGUAAAUUCUCCAUCAGUGUCAAUAGAUGGACAUGAACAUGUGCCUGCUAAUGAUGAGGACGCAUUACUUAAAGCAGUCGCAAAUCAACCUGUAUCUGUUGCCAUAGAGGCUGGGGGUUCCGAUUUCCAAUUCUACUCAGAGGGGGUGUUUAAUGGAAAAUGUGGCACAGAGCUUGAUCAUGGAGUUGCUAUUGUGGGCUAUGGAACAACCCUAGAUGGAACCAAGUACUGGAUAGUGAAGAAUUCUUGGGGACCUAAAUGGGGGGAGAAGGGUUACAUACGGAUGGAGCGUGGCAUCUCUGAUAAGGAGGGACUCUGUGGUAUAGCAAUGGAGGCUUCAUAUCCCAUCAAGAACUCCUCAACUAAUCCACUAGGACCUUCAUCAUAUCCUAAAGACGAACUCUAAACAAUAUUCACCGUUCACUUCAACUUUGCUCGCCUUCAGCUGUGGUUUCCUUUCUUCUUGCGUGUUAGAAGUUGCAUGCUUCAUGGUUUCAGAAACAAAUAAUGUUUUAGAGAUUAGAUGUUAAUACAAAAAUUGAGACCUGUUUGGGUGUGUGAAUAAAAGUUAUAUCUUUCAAAUUA